AUGCUAUCAGGCCUACCUCCGCCCCCAUGCUGGGGCAAAAGAGGCAGUGGUGAAGGGGGAAGCGGGGUUGGAGCUGACGCCCCCCACGGGGGUGGGAGGCUGGGGUGCCCAGAAGUCCCAGCCCAGCCUCCGCUGACCCCUCCGGGCUCUUGCCUCUGUCUGUCCCCAGCCUCCGGCCGCUCCCACCCAGCCAGCCCCAGCCCCCCGGGGCCGCAGGCCAGCCCCGUGCUGCCGGUCAGCUACCGCCUGUCGCGGACUCGGCUGGCCUUCUUCCUGCGGGACGCGCGGCCCCCGCCGCCUGCGGUCGCCAACGGCUCCCUUCAGCGCUCGGAGCCCUUCGUGGUGUUCCAGACCAAGGAGCUGCCCGUCCUCAACGUCUCCCUGGGGCCCUUCAGCACCAGCCAGGUGGUGGCCCGGGAGCUGCUGCAGCCAUCCAGCACCCUGGACAUCCCUGAGCGCCUGACCGUCAACUGGAAGGUGCGAGCCUUCAUCGUCCGCGCCCGCGUGCCCGCCUCGCAGCCGGUGGCCCAGGUGCUGUUCUAUGUGGCUGGCCGCGACUGGGACGACUUUGGCGUCACCGAGCGACUGCCCUGUGUCCGCCUGCACGCCUUCCGGGACGCCCGGGAGGUCAAGAGCUCCUGCCGCCUCAGCGGGGGCCUGGCCACCUGCCUGGUGCGGGCCGAGCUGCCCUUGGCCUGGUUCGGACCCCCCGCCCCCGCCGCGCCGCCCACCACCCGGCGCAAGUCUCCGGACGGGCUAGACCCGGAGGCCACGGGGGAGAGUCAGCAGGCCGAACUCUACUACACCCUCCAUGCCCCCGACGCGUCGGGCGGCUGCGGGGGCGCACGUCGGGGAGCCGGGCCGGGGACCGGCGCCCGCGCCGAGAGCCCCACCCAGCACCCACUGCUGCGCAUCGGGAGCAUCAGCCUGUUCCGCCCGCCCCCCAGGAGGGCCCUGCAGGAGCACCGGCUGGACAGCAACCUGAUGAUCCGCCUGCCCGAUCGGCCCCUCAAGCCUGGGGAGGUGCUCAGCAUUCUCCUCUACCUGGCCCCCAACUCCUCCUCUCCCUCCAGCCCCAGCGUGGAGCAUUUCACACUCAGGGUGAAGGCCAAGAAGGGUGUGACCCUUCUGGGCACCAAGUCACGGAGCGGCCAGUGGCACGUGACCUCGGAGCUGCUGACUGGGGCAAAGCACUCAACAGCCACCGUGGAUGUGGCCUGGGCCCAGGGCACCCCGCUGCCCCCCUGGGAAGGCCAGGGGCCACUGGAGAUCCUGCAGCUGGACUUUGAGAUGGAGAACUUCACCAGCCAGUCGGUCAAGCGGAGAAUCAUGUGGCACGUCGACUACCGCGGCCACAGCGCCCUGCCUGACCUGGAGCGGGCGGUCACCGAGCUGACGGUCAUCCAGCGGGAUGUGCAGGCCAUCCUGCCCCUGGCCAUGGACACCGAAAUCAUCAACACUGCUAUCCUGACGGGCAGGACGGUGGCCAUCCCGGUCAAGGUCAUCGCCAUCGAGGUGACUGGUCUUGUCCUAGAUGUCUCUGCCCUAGUGGAAUGUGAAUCUGACAAUGAGGACAUCAUCAAGGUAUCCAGCAGCUGCGACUACGUGUUUGUUAGUGGAAAGGAGUCGCGCGGGUCCAUGAACGCCAGGGUCACCUUCCGCUAUGACAUCCUCAAUGCCCCUCUGGAAAUGACAGUCUGGGUCCCCAAGCUGCCCCUGCACAUCGAGCUCUCGGAUGCACGCCUCAGCCAAGUGAAGGGCUGGAGGGUGCCUAUCCUCCCCGACCGGAGGUCGGCCCGGGAGAGUGAGGAUGAGGACGAGGAGGAGGAGGAGCGGCGGCCGAGCGCCAGCCGCGGCUGCACCUUGCAGUAUCAGCACGCGACUCUGCAGGUCUUCACGCAGUUCCACACAACAUCGUCCGAGGGCGCCGACCAGGUGGUCCCCAUGCUGGGCCCGGACUGGCUGGUGGAGGUCACUGACCUGGUCAGCGACUUCAUGCGGGUGGGGGACCCCCGAGUGGCACGCAUGGUGGACAGCAGCACACUGGCGGGCCUGGAGCCGGGCACCACCCCCUUCAAGGUGGUGUCCCCACUGACGGAGUCUGUGCUUGGGGAGACGCUGCUAACAGUGACGGAGGAGAAGGUCAGCAUCACACAGCUGCAGGCCCAGGUGGUGGCCAGCCUCGCCCUCUCCCUGCGGCCCAGCCCAGGGAGCAGUCACACCAUCCUGGCCACCACGGCUGCCCAGCAGACCCUCAGCUUCCUCAAGCAGGAAGCCCUUCUAAGCCUCUGGCUUUCCUACAGUGAUGGCACCACAGCCCCCCUCUCCCUCUACAGCCCCCGGGACUACGGGCUGCUGGUGAGCAGCCUGGAUGAGCGGGUGGCUACGGUGACCCAGGACCGGGCCUUCCCGCUGGUGGUGGCGGAGGCCGAGGGCGCCGGGGAUCUGCUGCGUGCAGAGCUCACCAUUGCCGAGAGCUGCCAGAAAACCAAACGCAAGAGUGUGCUGGCCACGACCCCUGUGGGCCUGCGGGUGCACUUUGGGCGGGACGAGGAGGACCCCACUUACGACUACCCAGGGCCCAGCCAGCCAGGCCCCGGCAGGGGCGAGGACGAGGCCCGGGGAGCCGGCCCCCCGGGCACAGCGAUGCCAGCAGCUGAGGCCCCGGGCCCGGGCACUGCCAGCGCCGUGCCGCCCACGGAAGACUUCCUGCCGCUGCCCACCGGCUUCCUGCAGAUGCCGCGCGGGCUGACGGACCUGGAGAUCGGCAUGUACGCGCUGCUGGGCGUCUUCUGCCUCGCCAUCCUCGUCUUCCUCAUCAACUGCAUCGUCUUCGUGCUGCGCUACCGGCACAAGCGCAUCCCGCCCGAGGGCCAGACCAGCAUGGACCACUCUCACCACUGGGUGUUCCUGGGCAACGGGCAGCCACUGCGGGUGCAGGGAGAGCUGUCUCCGCCCGCGGGCAACCCGCUGGAGACCGUGCCUGCCUGCUGCCACGGCGACCACCACAGCAGCGGCAGCUCGCAGACCAGCGUGCAGAGCCAGGUGCACGGGCGGGGCGACGGCUCCUCGGGAAGCUCGGCCCGCGACCAGGCUGAGGACCCUGCCAGCUCGCCCACCUCCAAGCGCAAGCGGGUCAAGUUUACCACCUUCACCACGCUGCCCACGGAGGAGCUGGCCUAUGACUCGGUGCCCGCCGGCGAGGAGGACGAGGAGGACGAAGAGGACCUGGGUUGGGGCUGCCCGGAUGUGGCGGGCACCACGCGGCCCACGGCACCCCCAGACCUGCACAAUUACAUGCGCAGAAUCAAAGAGAUCGCGUAGAGGCGCCGUCCCCUGGGGGUGGGGGUGGGCUCUGUGAGGGACAUGGCUGGGACCCCCCUCACACUGACGCAGGCUGGCCGACGUGGAUUUUGUACUCCCUGCCCCUGCAGCUUUGCUCCGUGCUGGGUGGCCGCCUACCCUACGGGGUCCUUCCCGCCACCUCACCCCAUACCCGAUUCUGCCACCCAAGGUGGAGGGCUCCUUCCUCAGGAGCUUUGAGGAGAAAAGCAAUCCCGGGCCUUGUUCCACUCUUCCCAGACCUCCUCCCAUCUUAGACAACCCCCUGCCCCAAAAGUGAGGCAUGGAGGCCAAGCUUGGGGUGAGGUGGGCCACACUGUGCCCCUGCCCCCCGUGUCCCCUGUCUUCCCCCUGUGUUGGGGGGGCUUUGGGGGGUCUUGUGUCACAAGCUGCACAAAGACUUUUCUCAAACCACUAUUCAGGGAUUUCUGUCCUGCAGGGUGGGGAGGUGGCCGUGGCCUGCCCUGCCAAGGAUCUUGCUGUGGACAAACUAUCGGUGGUGGGGGGCGGGGGGGACACUUGUAGCAUCUGCUGGCUUCUGGGUGCCCCUGGUCCCUUCCCAGGACCUGGGAGCUGACCCUACAGAGGGGCCUUGGGCCAAGCCAGGCACCUUCCUGAGAUCUCAGGACUCCCUCCUCUGUCCCAACUGGCUGUGGGCAGGGGCCUCAGUGGGGAGGAGCCCUGGGUCUGCCCCUCGCAAACCAUACCCCAGCACUGUGGUCUGGGCAGCCCAGGGAAGCCGGGUCCCCCUGCUGAGCCCACAGCGAGGUCAACACUGCGCCUUAGCCCCACCCCUCCUGCUCUGCUGACCAUGCCUUCCUCUCCGCAGGGGCAGCAAGCCACCCUCCCCCCAGGAAGAAGAAUCUGGUGGGAGGGGGAGAGGGUACCAGGGGACAUGCUGUGGAGGACCUUGGGACAGGCCAAGGCAGCCGGGAGCCAGGCGUCUCCCCACCCCUCCCAGCCCACAGCCCCUUCUCUCUUGGGUUCUACCCACCACUGUGUCUGAUUUUCUUAAAUAAAUGGGGGUGACCAGACUGGACCGGAGCAGCAGCUCCUGGAGAAGAGGAA